AUGGUGGUGAUGGUGGUGGUGAGUGGAGGGGCUCCGCCUCGGGCUCCAGCAGCCAGAGAACGCGGGCCCCUCGGGGUCCCCCCACCCACCGUCACCACCAACCCGGAGCCGCCCGAGCCGCGCUCUCGCCUUCCUCCACCUCCUCCCGCCCCCCAAGCGGCAGCACCGGACUGGGAGCUCGGCGGGGUCGGCUGCCCGCCUUCGCCUUCCCGCCCCGGGCCCCCUGCGCCCCGGGAACCCGCCCAGCCCCGCGUGCGUCCGCCCGCCGUGCCACCUCCACGCGCGCCGUGCCACCUCCACGCCCGCCGUGCCACCUCCACGCGCGCCGCCCCGCAGGCACACACCAUGACUUUGUCCGGAGCAAGGACUGGAGCCAGCUUCGCGGUGGUGGCCGGGAGCCCCUUGGCCCAGCUCCUGCUGGCUUGGACGGUCCUGUCGUACCUGGUGGUGGGUGGCCAAGGCCACUGGUCAUCUGGGGUGCCCGAUCCUGCGAGUCCUGGUUUGCGGAGACAGGGCGGCCCCAACGCCUUGACCUUGCAGGGGCCCAACGUGUGUGGAUUCCGCUUCCAUGCGUACUGCUGCCCCGGCUGGAAGACACUGCCAGGCAGGAGCCAGUGUGUCGUGCCCGUCUGCAGGAGCCCCUGUGGCGAGGGCUUCUGCUCCCAGCCCAACCUGUGCACCUGCACUGAUGGGACGCUGGGCCCCAGCUGCGGGGUAAGCCGAGUUCCGGGGUGCAGCGUGAACUGCAUGAACGGAGCCAGCUGCCGCGGCGAGUCCUGCCUGUGCCCACGGGGCUACACGGGCACCGUGUGUGGGCAGCCUGUCUGUGAGCGGGGCUGCCGCAACGGAGGCCGCUGCAUUGGGCCCAAUCACUGCGCCUGUGUGUAUGGCUUCCAGGGUCCCGAGUGUGAGCAAGACUACCGGACGGGACCCUGCUUCAGCCACGUGGGCACCCAAGGGUGCCAGCCCCAGCUGAGCGGCCUCGUGGGCACGAAGACGCUAUGCUGUGCCACCGUGGGCCGGGCCUGGGGUCUCCCUUGCCAGCUCUGUCCUGCGCAGCCACACCCCUGCCGCCGUGGCUUCGUCCCCAGUGUCCACACCGGGGCCUGCCAAGAUGUGGACGAGUGCCAAGCCAUCCCGGGCCUCUGCGCAGGGCGUGACUGUGCCAACACAGCCGGCAGCUACGUGUGCCUGUGUCCCCGUGGCUUCGUCAGCAGCAGGGAUGGCAGUCGCUGCCUCCCGGAUGGCCGGCCUGGCACCUGCUUCUUGGCGGUCAUUGGGGGCCACUGUGCCGUACAUCUCACGGGCCCCUCCACCCGCAGGCAGUGUUGCUGUGCCAGGGGCAGGUGCUGGGCAGCUGGCCCAGUUCCCGAGCUGUGUCCUCUGCAGGACACUGAUGACCACAGGCGGCUGUGUAUCCAGGGGGUCCCGUUACUACCAUCGCACCACGGCCUCCGUGGCUUUGGUCCUGGGAUAGGGCUGGCAUGGCCCGGCCCCCAGGCUUCCAACAGACGUGCGGUCUCCAGGCUGGGCCCUGGCAGCUCCAGCAUCGGCACCACGACUUUCAACCACACCACGGAUGUCUGCCAACACUUCGCCCAUCUGUGCCGCAAUGGCCGCUGCCUGCCCACGCCGACCAGCUACCUCUGCGAGUGCAGCGUGGGCUAUACCCAGGCGGUGCACGGCGAGUGUGUUGAUGUGGACGAAUGUGCCAACCGCCCUUGCCACCAUGGAGACUGCAUGAACACGCCUGGCUCCUACCACUGCCGGUGCCACAGGGGCUUCCAGGCCACGCUCACUAAACAGGCAUGCGUGGAUGUGGAUGAAUGUGACGUUGGCAAUGGCCCUUGCCAUUUGGGCCACUGCACCAACACGGAAGGCAGCUUCCAGUGUAUCUGCAAUUCAGGCUUCGAGCUCAACCCUGACGGCAAGACCUGCAUGGAUGUCAAUGAGUGUGCCCUGGACCCCGAACUGUGCCCCCACGGCGCAUGCGAGAACCUUCCCGGCAGUUAUCGCUGCACCUGCGAACCUGGGUACCAGGCGGGGGCCACAGGCCAGGACUGCGUGGAAUACCAAGACAUCAACGAGUGUCUCUGCAGCCCGUGUGCGAACGGGGCAUGCCUGAAUGUGCCCGGCUCUUACGUCUGCCAGUGUGCCCCGGGCAGCCUCCUGGGGCCCUCGGGGACCGCGUGCCUAGACAGUACCAAGCGCACCUGCUGGCAGAGGAUCCAGGACGGCCGCUGCGAAGACAACCUGCAGGGGGUGACCCUGAGAGCCGAGUGUUGUGCCACCCUGGGUGCCGCCUGGGGGAGCCCGUGCCAGCGCUGCGAGAUCGACCCUGCCUGUCCCCGUGGCUUCGCCCGGCAGAAGGAUCGUGCCUGCAGAGACGUGAACGAGUGUGAAGCCUUCCCCGGCCUCUGUCCCAAUGGACGCUGUCUCAACACGGCCGGCUCCUUCCGCUGCCAGUGUUCCAGGGGUCUGACGCUGGAUGCCACCGGCCGGCUGUGCGUGGACAUUGACGAGUGUCACAUCUCUCCUGACCUCUGUGGCCAGGGCACCUGCGUCAACACCCCUGGCGGUUUUGAGUGCGAGUGUUUCCAUGGUUACGCCAGCAGCCCCGGUGUCUCGAAGAGCUGUGUGGACAUAGAUGAAUGCGAGGAGGAUCCUGACAUCUGUGGACCAAGCCAGUGCAUCAGUUGCGUGUGCCCGGAAGGCUUCAUGGCCACGCAGGACCUGACAGCUUGUGUGGACAUCAACGAGUGUUCCCUGAACCCGCGGCUCUGCGCCUUCCGCUGCCACAACACCGAAGGCUCCUACCGGUGCACCUGCCCGGCCGGCUAUGUUCUGCGGAACGAUGGGGCCACGUGCCGAGAUGUGGACGAGUGUGCAGGUGGAAGACAGGACUGCCACGCCCGCGGCAUGCUGUGUAAGAACCUCAUCGGGGCCUUUGCCUGCGUCUGUCCCCCCGGUCUGCGUCCUCAGCCCGGUCCCGGCCAGGGCUGCAUAGAUGAGGAUGAAUGCUUUACGCAGCCUAGCCUGUGCGCCCACGGCCGCUGCGUCAACACGGUGGGCAGCUUCCGAUGCGACUGCGAUGCCGGUUUCCAGCCCAGCCCCACCUUCACCGAAUGCCAUGACGGACGGCAAGGAGCCUGCUUCUCUGAGGUGCUGCAGGGCGCAUGCCAGGCCCAGCAUCCAGACCCAGCAUUGAGGCGCGUAUCCAGGGCCGUGUGCUGCUGUGUGGGCGGCCGGGCCUGGGGACCCCUCUGUGAGCUGUGCCCCCUGCCGGGCACUCCUGCCCACAGGGAGUUGUGCCCUUAUGGCCUGGGCUACACUGUGCAAGGCCGAGAUGUGGACGAGUGUCAGGUGCUCCCCGGCCUGUGUCCUCACGGUGAGUGCAUCAAUAGCAUUGGAUCCUUCCGCUGCUACUGCCAGGCCGGGUAUGCGCCAGAUGCCGCCGCGACCAGCUGCCAGGAUGUGGACGAGUGCAGUCAGGCCCCGGCCCCGUGCUCCUCUUUGUGCAAAAACACGGCGGGCAGCUUCUUGUGCAGCUGCCCCCGCGGCUACCGCCUGCAGGAAGAUGGAAGGAGCUGUGCAGAUCUGGACGAAUGCUCGUCCCGCCAACACAACUGCCAGUUCCGCUGUGUCAACACCCUGGGUGCCUUCGUUUGCCGCUGCCCGCCCGGCUUUAUCCAGCAGCGCAAUGGCUGCUUCGACCUUAAUGAGUGCUUGGUCCAGCCCGGCCUGUGUGGUCCCUACGCCCGCUGUUACAACACCCUGGGCACUUUCCGCUGUGAGGCCCCCCAGGGUUUCCAGCCGAGCGACUUCGAUGGUUAUGAAGAUAAGCCCCGGCUACUCUUGAUUCAGAAGUUCCCCCUGACCUUGAAGAUGAACCUCACCUGGGCCGUUGUUGUUGGCGGCGGCUGCGGCCCGGGCGCUUCACCUAACCGGCUGCUGGUGGUGAGCGUGGCGCAGGCCUGGGCUGCUAGGCUGAGGGUCCGGGCCUAG